AUGACAGAGCCAAUUCCGUUUCCAAUAAAUCCUUAUGUUGAGGGCAUAGAUCAAAAAACGUUGCCUUUUAGAGAAUGGAUUGAUUCCGAAUACAAUCAGGAGAAAUGGGACGCCGGUAAAGGAAAGGCCAGUAUAAAAGUUCCAAAAAGUCCUAAAAGUCCUUCAGAGCCAUCUCCGGAAGCAUUGUUUGAGGAUCCCCAGGAGCUGUAUUUGCCAAAAAGCUUUGCGAACGAAGUUUGUCAAUGGAAAAGACCGCCCGACGUAUUUUUCGAUGUAAAAAGAGCUGGUGGUGUUCGUGAACACGGCCGAUUACCCCGAUCUGAUGUCGGGCAGUCGUCAUCUUUUGCACAGCGAGCUCGUUCGCAGCUUUAUUUCGUCGGUGGAGACGCUGCAAUAUUUGGGAAACUGCGAGCAGUUCGAGAUCGAGGCGGCGUCGCCUGCUUACACCCCGACCACAGACCAGAUGCCUUGGAGGCCCUGGCAUCACGUCUACUCUAG